AUGUUUUAUUAUAAGGUUAUUAGUUUACGUGUGUUUUUAUUAGUUUUACUUGUGUCUAAUUUAAGUUUUGCUCAACUAGAAGUUCUAGGUAUAACCACUACGGCCUCACAAUUAACAGAAGCACUAGAAGUAACGGAUCCACCGUCAGAAGUAAUAUGUUCAGUAUGCGCGUGCGAAGACGGCGUCGUCGACUGUGCUAACAGGAAUAUUACUUCAUCUUUCGAAUUAACUGAUUGGGAUGGUCUCGCAAGAUUGAAUCCUAUAACGGUGGAUCUAAGUCAAAAUCUGCUAACAACCGUCACAAGAAUUAGCCACCUGCCAAUUCAAUCACUAAAUUUGUCCAGUUGUGAAAUACAAAAGAUAGAAAUUGCCACUUUCACGUACCUAGAAGAUUUAAGGAGCUUGGAUCUCAGUAGGAAUAAAAUUUCUACGUCAAAUUUUAACAAAAUGAUUUUAUGUGGACCUCUAGAAAAACUAACAGGACCCAGUUCCUUCAAGCAAAUGCAGAACCUGAGCUUGGCACAUAACGAUCUCCACUCGUUACCACAAGACCUCUUUGUGUAUAUGGAUACCUUGUCAUCCCUGGAUCUCAGUGGCAAUCCACUGGCUUAUAUAGACCAGGUUACAAUGGGAGCUAUCUCUGAUCUCGUGAAUUUGAAACGAUUAGCGUUAAGUAGCUGCGAACUGGAAACCCUUCCGGAAGGUUUACUCAGAAGACAGAAGAAGCUUCGUUGGUUAGACAUAAGCGACAACAGAUUUACAACAAUACCAUCGGUUUUACAAGAAGCCCCCAAAUUAGUCUUCUUGAGUUUAGACAGAAAUCCUAUCCAGACUAUAAAAGAAAAAAACCUACUAUCAAAGCUGACAAGUUUAAAGGAAUUGCAAAUAUGCCGCAUGAGUAGACUACAGAAUAUCACAGCUGGAGCUCUUGGUGGUCUUACGAAUCUGGAGAUACUCCGCCUGAAUUACAAUCCAAGGUUGACGAACCUCAGCCCCGAUUUUCUCGUUUGGCAGGAUGAAGAUGACGAGGAACAAUAUCCAAUCAUUAAAGAGUUAUAUCUCAACAACAACAAUUUAACGAACAUAGACUCCCAUAUCCUGGACAGCUGGAACGAGCUGGUGAUUGGAGACUUCAGUAAUAACCCUUACGUUUGUGAUUGCAAUAGCCAAUGGAUGGUAGAUGUCUUAGUGCCAAUGCUAGCGAAUUUCCAAGAAAAAAGUUCGGAGAAUCUGAUGGUUUGUAAAAAGCCUGCUCAUCUAAGAGGUCAGACAUUUGUGAUGCUGCACAACUCGUCUAGAACGCUCGUAUGUAAUGAAGUUGAGGAUUUGAAGGAGCAUACGCCAGCCAACUUGGCUAUAAUUUUGGGAAUUUUGAUUGGAGUCACGUGCACUUUUCCAUUAGUGUUAGUGCUGAUGCUACUGUGGAAGAAGGGUUACUUUGCAAAGUACUGCAGCAGGAAGAAAACUCGGAAAGAAUCCUACUCUGGAUACGAUGAGGGUGAAAAUGAGAAUUUAUAA